CGCUCGAUCUGUGGCGUGGGCUAAGAUCGUGGAGGGAGGUCAUAUGUAAGCCGGCAGGGUGUCAGCCCUCCCACCACGGCGAGGAGGGAGGCUAUGAACGAGGUAGGAGAGUAUGGGUGUUUGGGGAGAGAGCAUAUUGGAGAUGGAAGGCACGCUUCGUAGGGACAAUAACAACAAUGCGUCCCCCGAUUCCCAGUUUCUUCCUUCACACACUUUAGACAUACAUUCACUCCAAUAUGUAUAUCAUUAUCAAAACUAUAGCUAACUUCGCAAUCUCCCUCCUCGCCGGCAUCGGUAUGGAGUUCUCUUGGAAACUCUGGCCGGCUUUCUUAGACCCCACCCAGCUACGAGCCCUCUAUGACGCAGCCAGAGCUGACCUAGGUCGCAUGGUGGUCUGCGGGAUCAUCAUGUGGCUCCUGGUCUGGCUUGUCAUAGACCCCCUUAUCCCAAAGGGGGGCCUCCUCCGCCGUCUAACGAGGAGACCGUGUUCGUAGCUGGGCAUGCUCGAUCUCUGGCGUGGGCCAAGAUCGAGUAGGGAGGUCACAAGUAAGCCGGCAGAGUGUCAAGCACCCCCACCACG